AGAAAUGCGAGUGGGUUGAGGGUCAGCCUCGAGAGGGAGACUAACCCAUGGGUAGCCGGAGGGUGCUCUCAGGGCUCCUCGGCGUGGUCGGAGGCCUCUGGAGGGACUGCACGACUGCUAGGAGAGUGACCUGGCCGGAGAGAGAGCGAAGACAAAGAGGCCGGAAUCCCGCACCCGCCACACUUUGGGCUGAGCCCUGCUCCUGCGAACCUCGCAUCACUCCGAGCCCCUGGCCAGCCACCGAACUCGUCCUCAGGAGACCCAUUACUACUGCGCCCUCGGACUCCCUCUCUCCACCAACUCUGUGUGACUCCCCACGCCCACCGGCCCUUCAGGAACCAAAACCAAUCCUCCCAAUGCGCGAGGUUUCCCGAAGAAACUCUUCUUACAGUGAGAGACUCAUCUGCAGGUGAUUCUCCAAGGACAUGGGAAAAUAGGUGUAAGCCCUUCAACCCUUAAGUGGAGGGGAGCUGCUUUCUGCUGUGAAUGAUGGCCAAACCCACUCUGAGAGGGAAUGGCCCUAACUCUGAGACCUUCCGACAGCGCUUCAGGAGAUUUCACUACCAGGAGGUAGCUGGGCCCCGGGAGGCUUUCAGCCAACUCUGGGAACUUUGCUGUCGUUGGCUAAGGCCGGAGGUGCGCACCAAGGAGCAGAUUGUAGAAUUGUUGGUGCUAGAGCAGUUCCUGACCAUCUUACCUGGGGAGAUCCAGAAUUGGGUACAGGAGCAAUGUCCAGAAAGUGGAGAGGAGGCAGUGGCUCUGGUGGAAGAUUUAGAAAGAGAGCCUGGAAGACCUGGAAGUUCGGUCACAGUCUCUGUGAAGGGGCAGGAAGUGCGCUUGGAGAAGAUGACACCCCUGAAAUCAUCACGAGAGUUAAUAAGUGUUCGGCAGGAGUCAGUGGAACCCCAGCCCAGGGGUGUAACCAAGAAAGAGAGGGCAAGAAGCCCAGACCUGAGACCACAGGAGCAGAUGAACCCAAAGGAGAAGCUCAGACCUUUUCAAAGGAGCGGAUUUCCAUUUCCUAAAUCCGGUGUGGUCUCCAGGUUGGAGCAAGGAGAGCCAGUGUUCCCUGAUCUGGGCUCCAAGGAGAAGGAACUCCCAAGAGGCAGUCACACAGGAGAUAGACAGAUACAUGCUGAUCUGUUAUCAUCCAAGAGAGAGAGAAGAACUUGGGUGGAACAGGAUCACUGGGGCUUUGAAGAUGAGAAGGUAGCAGGUGUGCACUGGGGCUAUGAAGAAACCAGAACUCUGCUUGCAAUUCUCAGUCAGACUGAGUUUUAUGAGGCUCUCCGAAACUGUCAUCGAAACAGCCAAGUGUAUGGAGCUGUGGCUGAGCGGCUCCGGGAGUAUGGCUUUCUUCGGACCCUGGAACAGUGUCGGACCAAAUUCAAAGGUCUUCAGAAGAGUUAUAGGAAAGUCAAGAGUGGUCACCCACCUGAGACCUGCCCCUUCUUUGAAGAGAUGGAAGCCCUGAUGAGUGCCCAGGUCAUUGCCUUGCCCAGUAAUGGCUUGGAAGAGGCAGCCUGUCACUCUGGCCUGGUGGACAGCGAUGCUGAGACUGAGGAGCCAGGGCAAGGGGGCUGGCAGCAUGAGGGAGCAGAAGAGGCCAUGGCUGAAGAGUCUGACAGUGAUGAAAUGGGGCAGGACGCCACCCCUCAAGACCCCGACAAUUCAACUGCACCUGUUCUUUUUCGAAGCCCAAGUGGUGUACACUGGGGCUAUGAAGAGACGAAGACUUACCUUGCAAUUCUUAGUGAGACUCAGUUCUAUGAAGCCCUCCAGAACUGUCACCGCAAUAGCCAGUUAUAUGGAGCAGUGGCUGAGCGGUUAUGGGAAUAUGGAUUCCUUAGGACACCAGAGCAGUGUCGGACCAAGUUUAAAAGCUUACAAACCAGCUAUCGGAAAGUCAAGAAUGGCCAAGCACCAGAGACCUGUCCAUUCUUUGAAGAAAUGGAUGCUUUGGUGAGUGCUAGGGUUGUUGCCCCAUCCAUUGAUGGCCAGGAAGAGGAGACAGCCUCUUGCCCCAUCCAGGAGACCAAUGAGACUGAAGCUGAGAAGCAAGCUGAGGUGGCAGAAGAGAACAUAGAAGAAGAUUCUGAGGAUGAUGAAGAGGAUACUGAGGUACCCUUAGAGGUUGUCAUGACCCGUGCUCCUGUCUUAUUCCAGAGUCCCAGUGGUUUUGAGGCUGGAUUUGAUAACGAAGAGAAUCUAAAACGAGAUAUUUCUGAGGAAGUACAACUACAUAGGACAUUACUUGCAAGGUCUGAGAGAAAAGCUCCCUGGCAUCUUAAUCAGGGUAAAGGCAGUGACAGUGGACAACAGUGGGAAAAGACCACAGGGGAGAGAAAAGGAAAAUCAACACUCCCGGAGAGGAGUUUAGGUAAAGUUCUAAAUCAUCAGAGACCUUACUUGGGAGAGAGACCCUAUAAAUAUCUCAGAUACGGCAAAAGCUUUGGUCCGAACUCCCACCUCAUGCAUCAGAUAUCCCAUCAAGUGGAAAAUCCAUAUAAAUGUGCUGACUGUGGGAAAAGUUUCAGUAGGAGUGCACGCCUCAUUAGACACCGGAGAAUCCACACUGGAGAGAAACCUUAUAAGUGUCUUGACUGUGGGAAAAGUUUCCGUGACAGUUCAAAUUUCAUCACCCAUAGGAGAAUCCACACAGGAGAGAAACCGUAUCAAUGUGGUGAGUGUGGAAAACGCUUCAAUCAGAGCUCAAGCCUUAUAAUUCACCAGAGAACCCACACAGGAGAAAAGCCCUAUCAAUGUGAAGAAUGUGGAAAAAGCUUCAACAACAGUUCUCAUUUCAGCGCACAUCGGAGGAUACACACAGGAGAGAGACCCCAUGUGUGUCCUGACUGUGGAAAGAGUUUCAGUAAGAGUUCUGACUUACGUGCACAUCAUAGAACCCACACAGGAGAGAAGCCCUAUGGGUGUCAUGAUUGUGGCAAGUGCUUUAGUAAAAGCUCUGCUCUUAAUAAACACCGAGAAAUCCAUACACGAGAAAAACUUCUGUCACAGUCAGCACCUAAGUAAGCCCCUGAGAAUUUAAAGAAAAGAAAUAUAUCAAAAUGGUUGGAAAAAGUCUUCCAAUAGUGAGAUCUAUCCUAUGCCCAACUAGCUUAGAAGACACUCUAGGAUUUACCCCACCCUCUGUUUCUUAUGUUUCUCCUUGAUCUACGAAUUCCUAAGGCAGUCAUCUUAAGAAUCAGAGGAUGAUUUCAAUCCCUCUCCUUGCCCUUUUUGAAAUGACAGAUAAUACCUUUUCCUCUCAGUGCCUAUGUUGUUCCCUUAAUAGAGAGGACUAGAUAGUAGAUCCUAUAGUCUUGUUAUAUACCGUUAUUUAUUCAUCCUGUUAUUUAGCUGCAUUUCAACUGGAAAAACCUAUCACAGCAGCAUUUCAGGGAGAAGUUGUGAGACAUUUCUAAUUGAGUGGGUCUAGCUCUCUAUACAGUAAAGGAAAUGCAAAUAAGAAUGGCUCUUCGUGUUCAUGUAAGCCUGUGCUCAGAAUGACAUUUGUCAUGCACAUUUCAUUUACCAUACAGGAGAGUUUAAUGUCCACCUUACUCUGACCUAUUAAAGAACUUGUCAAAAGCCUAAGUGUUCUAUAUGGGGAAACAGUGUAAACUUUGUAUAAAUAUUGAGGUGUGAAUCCUGAAUUUCUAGUUUCUUCCAAGUCGUAGAAGUUCUGGAAUGGAAUAAUAUUUAGAGCAUCUAGUUUGAUCUCUUUUUCUUCUGUUCCAUCUCAUCUGAAUUUCAUCUUUCUCUUCUAGUCCAAAAGUUCAAAGAGCAAGCCAGUUGGAUAUGUUGAGAGAGAAAGCAGUUAAAGCUGCCUUUAGGGAAUUGGCUAUGUUCCACACACUCCAGACACCUAGUUUAGUGUUAUGUACCCCAUGGGCACUUAAUGCUAACCUGCACUGAGCAGAGGCCACUACCACAUUCCCAUGGAUUAGGAAACAGACCACUUUGUGCCAACAACUCUCUACCCUAAUGGCAGGGAGGACAGAUUAUCUUUCGUCAUUGGAGUUGCCAAUACUUACAUGCACGUGCACAUAUUCAACUGUACACAUCUAUUUUUAAAACUUCUUCAAACAUAAGUAAUUCUGAUUUGUAUAGCUAAAUAGUAUUGAAUUAAUUGCUCAUAUAUUCAUAGUAGUAUGAUGAGCCCUGUACAGCACAAGGUAAACAGACCCUGUCCUUGUCCUUACAGUCUAAAACAGAUGACACUGACAUGGACAAACAGUAAGUACACACGUAGAGCUGAAACAAUUUUAGAGAAAUCUGGUAACAUUAUGCAUUAUAGUUUUCUAUAAGAAAUAUUAAGGUUAUAUUAAGGUCUAAUGCAUUAUAGUUUUCUAUAAGAAAAAUCUGGGAGGUAUUUUCUUUAUUCAGGAAGGCUUCAUGAAACAGCAAGUGUUUAAAGGAAGGAGGGUUACUAGGUAAAUUAGGGUGGGAUUAACUUUCCAAAAUAAAUCACAAAACUGAGUGCUGAGUGGGUGAGAAAUGGGAAAAUUGGGGAACAAGGUGUUAAAAGCAGAUGGAGGCAAGGGCAAAGGACAGACUGUAGGGAAAGUCGGACAAAGCUUGGAGCAGUACAAAAUUUGAGGCAUAGUAUGACAGGGGCUAUGCAGGAGGCUUAACUGAAACACAGGAGCUCCAGAGGCAGACCAGGAGGUGUUCCCUAUAGUAAAUCAAGUACCGUGCUGUACUUCUUGAUCAAAUAGCUGGCUGGCACUGGGGAACAAGAAUGAGCAGCUUUAGGGGACUAUCUCCUACGGGAGACAAAGCUCAGAAACUACUAUCUUGAGAAGAUACUUCAGUGGGCAGGUCUGAGGAAAGGAAUGUGAGCAGAUGGUCAAGGCCUGAUAUACGUAGCUGUUUCAUACUCCUAUUUAAUUAGACUCCCAUGGCUGGAAUGAGAUAAAGGAGAGAAGUGGGGAGAUAGAGCAUUCUAUAAUUUAGCUUGCUGUGUUAGAUGAGAGAUAGAUUAGGGUUCUGGUGUUGAGGGACCCUACUACAAAGAAUCUCCUAACAUUUGUUAGGAGGAGAUGGUAUCUUAAUUAUGUGGCCUAAGCAGACAGGAAGAUAGAAGAAACAACAGUCUAAAGCAGUGCCUCAGGAUCUGAGAUGGUUAAUAAGUGUGCUAGAAUGUUUUUUAAAAUGAAAGAUUACUAUCUUUAGUAUAUUUAUGUGUAGUUGUGUAUAAAAACCAUUGGUUGAGGUAUCAGCAGAUAUGAACUCUGGUUCCAGAUGUCUCAUGUGUAUGUCAGCCUGUUUGUAUCCAUCUCCCUUUCUGUAAAGCAGAAUAACGUUUACACCUUAAUCUGCCUCUCAGGGAUACCAUGUUAAUAAAAAUUGUGUCUGUAAAGUA